AUCAUCUCUGCAACAUUCUCUCUCUCUCUAUAGAAUCUAUAUAAUACCGUGAAGUAAAGGAUACGUUUCCUUAGUUAUUGAAUUCGAUUAUACGGAAAUGAUAGAAUCUAUACUAGAUCAUAGAUAAUGAAUCAACAGAAGAUGGCUCCGUGCAGUUCCAACAAUGUAGGAUCACUCGUUUUUGAACAAUCAGUCAACGAAACUAGCAGCAAUGUCCGUCUAUGGACUACCUUUUCAUCUACAUCGUUUCGCCGUAAAAUAAUCAUCAGUUUGCGCUGCGGAGCUAGUUCUUGCAUUGGAAGAGACGGUGACGGUUAUCAAUCGCCGCAGGUAAGGCGGAAGGAGAAAUCCGAAUCCGAAUGCGAAUCAGAGACUAAGAAUGUAGUAGUCAGAAUCGGAUCGAAGAAGUUGUCAGAGCUCUUCAGUCUGACUGAUAUUGAUUACUGCGAUGAAUCGGAGGAUGUCAAAAUGAAAAUGCAGAAGCUCGAGGAGAUGAGAAGAGCGGUAUUGAAGCUUCAGCACGGCGAUGUUUUAACUGGUGCGACUUAUAUUAGGAGACUUACGAAAGAUGAUUCCGAUGCGAGAAGAAAUAUCGCUUUGAUCGGAGCAAUUUCGCCGUUAGUGAUUAUGCUUGAUUCCGAUGAUGUUGAAUCUCUAAUCGCCUGUCUCUACGCUCUUCUCAAUCUAGGAAUCGGAAACGACGAAAACAAAGCAGAUAUAGUUAAAGCAGGAGGUAUUCACAAGAUGAUGAAUAUUAUCAAAUCAUCAACUCAUCAUUCAAACCAAUCCAUUACAGAAGCAAUCGUCGCCAAUUUCCUUAGCUUAAGUGCUCUGGAUUCAAAUAAACCAUUCAUCGGUUCAUCAGGUGCAAUCCAAAUUCUAGCAACGACCUUAAUCAACACAACCAUCGCUUCUCAAUCUCAAGCAAAGCAAGAUUCUCUCAAAGCAAUCUACAAUUUAUCAAUCUCUCCAUUAAACAUACCAACCAUAAUAGAAUCAGAUCUGAUUCCAUUUCUAAUGAAUACAUUAGGAGACAUGGAAUUCAGUGAAAGAAUCCUCUCUAUUCUCAGCAACAUUGUUUCCACUUCCGAUGGUCGUGAAUCAAUCAGCUCUUACCCAGACGCAUUCCCUAUUCUAAUCGAUGCCCUGAAUUGGACUGACUCCCCAAAUUGUCAAGAGAAAACACUCUACGUUUUGAUGGUUAUGGCGCAUAGAUCGUAUAGAGAUAGAAAUGCCAUGAUUGAUGCAGGUAUUGGUUCAUGUCUUCUUGAGUUAACGCUAUUGGGUAGUGUAUUAGCACAGAAGAGAGCUUCGAGGUUGUUGGUGUGUUUGAGAAUGGAGAAAGGGAAAGAAGGUUCGGCGUCGGCUCCAAUGGAGAGAGAUGUUAAUGUUGGUGAAGUGAGAGGAGGGGUGAGUGAAGAAAGGGAAUCGGUGAAGAAAUUGGUGAAUCAGAGUUUGGUGAAGAACAUGAUGAGGAUUGUGAGGAGGGCUAAUUUGACAAUGGAUUUUGUACAAUCUGAAUCUGAUCAUUUCAAGGUUAGAUCAUUUGGGUCUUCUUCUUCAAUGAGUUUACCGUUUUAAGCAACAAAGAACAAGCUUUGAGU